AUGGGAAGCAAGGUUGAUGCUGCAGGUGAGAAGGGCGACAAGACUAGCGUCUCUCAUGAUGCUAACAUCAACCAUCCUAAGUCCGUUGAAGAGCUUCCCGAGGAGCUGAAGCAACAAGUGGAGGUCAAGUUCAACGCCAUUCUGAAGGCUUUUCUUUAG